CCCGCUGUACUGAGGUACUGUCUCAGGUUCAUUCAUCUCCUCCCUCUGUUUCUUAAACCUUUCCCUUCUCGGGCUCUCUCCUCCCUUGCUCUUCCUUCCCUGGCUGGCACGACUGGGCGAGCGGCGGCGCCAUUUGUCCUGUCUUCGCCCAGCCCUUUGACGGCGACGAGCGCAUCCUCCAGAUACUCUGAGCCUGGCUGUUGAAAAUUACUUUUGAAGUUCCUACAUUGGGAUUAGUUUUGAUGAGUCCAUCAAGAAGCAGGAGCAGGAGCAAGAGCCGGAGUCGCAGUCGCAGCAGAAGCAGGAGCCGCAGUCCCCGGCGAAGAGAUAGGUUGCGCAGUGAACGUGCACCCUGCCGCAGUCGCAGUCGCAGCAGGAGCCGCAGCCCAUGCCGUCACAGAGAACGACGUGGUCACAGGGAUCUUACGUGCAAGAACUGCCGGAGACCUGGGCACUUUGCUAGGGAGUGCCCAUCUGCGGCUACAUGCAAUAACUGUAAUCUUCCAGGCCACUUCGCAGCAGAAUGCACUUCAGCAACCGUUUGCUGGAACUGCAAGGAAUCUGGGCAUAUCGCCAUUGAGUGCAAGAAUGAGGCCCUGUGCCACACAUGCAAUAAGACGGGUCACUUGGCACGAGAUUGUCCUACUUCAGGGUCUAAUGCUAAGCUAUGCAACAAUUGUUUUAAGCCAGGCCACAUCGCUGUUGACUGCACCAAUGAACGGGCUUGCAACAACUGCCGUCAACCUGGGCACAUAGCUCGGGAGUGCAAGAACGACCCGGUUUGCAACCUGUGCAAUGUCUCUGGUCAUGUAGCCCGUAGCUGUCCAAAAACAACUCUGGCUUCAGAGAUACAGGGAGGCCCGUUCCGUGAUAUCCUCUGCCGCAUCUGCGGCCAGCCAGGACACAUCAGCCGCAACUGCAUGGCAACCAUCAUCUGCGACACAUGCGGUGGCAGGGGGCACAUGUCGUAUGAGUGCCCAUCAGCCAGGAUAUUCGAUCGGGGGCUCCGCAGGUUCUGAAAGUCAUUGGUCAGGAUAUGCUAUCAAGGGCUCCGCUGGUUAUCAUGAUUGAAUUUCGUGUUGUUUCGUUUGCUCCUGACAAAUACUGAGACAGUUUUUGUUGGGUGUUUCUGUGCUGACCCGGGGAGUUGAGUAAUGAUUCUGUAGGCUGUAUUUUGGGUGAAACUUUUUUCAUUUUAAUCAGGAUAUAGCCUUUUGUGGGGCAAACAGCGAUGUACCAGUUCAUGGGAAAAAUUGCCAGGCCAAGUCAUGCAAUCAUUCUCCAUC